AGCUACCCGGAAACAGAAAAAGACGAAGAAGGCGGAUGUGGCGUUGUGUUUACGCCGUUAACACUCAGAGCAUCCUUGGUUGAGUGAUAGAGAUAAUAAAGCGGCAUUAGAAGUAUUUCUGUUUCACAUUUACUGCAUCAUUUGGGAGUAGCUGCUGUAUUUCCAUGGGGGGUCACGGGGGUGUGGGGAACGAGCCCGAGACCAUUGACUACUCUGUGCACGAAGCCUGGAAUGAGGCCACCAAUGUUUACCUGCUGGUGAUCCUGGUCAGCUUCGGCCUGCUCAUGUACGCCAGAAAAAACAAGAGGAAGAUCAUGCGUAUCUUCGCCCUGCCUCCCACCGUUGGCAGCAGCCCGGAGCCAAACUUCUACGACAGCCUGCAGAAGGUCCGCCUGCGGCAGCAACUGGAGAUGUACUCUAUGGCUAGAAAAUUUGAUCAGCAGCAAGGCCAGACGGACAGUGUGCAGCUCUCCAUGGAAUGAUAUCAGGAAGAGACUCAUCGCUUUCUGUCAGAGUAAACACUCCUGCGUCUGCGAGCCCUCGGGGGCGUUAAUAGGAAAGGAUUUCGAUGACUGACAUGAUCAGAGAUGGCUGAAAAGCGGCUGCUACUGCCAUUCUGAUGGCUUCUGGUUUGCUCCUUUUCCUCAAGUGUCUUCAUUCCCCUUCUGUUGUCUCCUUUCCGUGUGUUAGGCAUUGAGAAGGCACAUCUGGGUUUAUGAAGAAGCAGCAGAGACUCUAACCUUGAUUGACGAAUGAUGAACCUGUAACUGAAGCAGAUUUAAUAAAGAUACUUUCUGUAUCGCAUGAGAUUUAUAAAAAACAUAUGUUUUUCUUUUGCACAUUAGAGAUUAUUUUAAACUAACAUAGGUUGUAGUUGGUUUCCAUUGUUUUUUGUUACUUCUAUUAAAUGUUUUGCAUCAACUGCAUAGUAAAGUAAACAUUUUGAAAUGUGAAAAUAAAAUGGCACACAAACUAACA